UCCAUUUCCAGAUUUGAAUUUCCUUCAUGGGGGUGGCCUUAUCCGGUCUAUUUGCACUCCUUGAUAGUAAUGUAUCAUUUCCGCGUUGUUUUCUCUCAGAGUUGCGGGUUGGCUGUAGUCACUUCUUGUAGAGACGUCUGUGAAUAUGAUUGUGUCUCUUCUCGCCUCUCCUGGAGCUCCUUCCCUCAUAAUAUUCCUUUCCAGUCCUUUGCCCUGUCUAUGCGGAGAAUCGAGUUGCAAUGUACCAACGGUUUGGCCCCCUCCCCCAUGAUUGAAUCGAGAUCCUUAGUCGAGCUGCCUGUUCGAUGUCGGACCCGCUCUGCAGGUUGCAGGACUUUUCCUACGUCGUUUGGCAAAUACGGCCACAGGAGAAGAAAAGAGAAAAUCGAAGAAAAAAAGAGAAGAAAAAGCAAAAGUCUAAACCCCAAAAAGUCAAGGCGAAAAUGGCCGAAAAGAAGGUGGUUCCCCGAGGCGCGGCGGGUCUUGCUACAUGAGAAAUACGUACAUCCGCCGGGGGCGGCCUAACGGCCAGAGGAACGGCGGAUAGCGUUCCACAGCGAUGCGAAGCCCCAUCAGCGUCGGACUGAUCGGGUCGGGCAAUGGGUGAUCGACGCGGUCCCUCGCAGCCGUUGUUGCUUUUUCUCGCACGUGGCGCUAACCAGGAUCCUCAUGCAUGGGCAAUGGCGAGCCCUCAACCAUAAACUGCUGUGAGCAUCAUGCAUUUCAAUUU